AUGUCGCUCCUCAAGACGAUGGUCAUCAACCCCAUCUCGGGCGCCAAGCCGACCGCCACCCUCUUUAUCCUGCACGGCCUGGGCGACUCGAGCGCCGGCUGGUCCGACGUGGCGCAGAUGCUCUCGCAGCGCCCCUCGCUCGCCCACGUCCGCUUUGUGCUGCCCAACGCGCCCAUUCAGCCCGUCACGCUCAACAUGGGCAUGCCCAUGCCGUCCUGGUUUGACAUCCUCUCGCUGGACGACAUCUCGGGCAAGGAAGACGAGGCGGGCCUGCUCAAGUCGGCCGACGCCAUCAAGAAGCUCAUCAACGCCGAAGAGGAGGGCACCGCCUCGGGCCUCGACGGCACCAAGAUCGCCAGCCACCGCAUCGUCGUCGGCGGCUUCAGCCAGGGCGGCGCCAUCUCGCUCCUCGCCGGCCUCACCCACCCGUCGCCCGUCGCCGGCGUCGUGGCCCUCUCGACCUGGCUCCCGCUCCGCGCCAAGAUCGCCUCGCUCCGCCACCAGGCCUCGUCCAACCUCCGCGUCUUCCAGGGCCACGGCGACGUCGACCCCGUCGUCCGGUACGAGUACGGCACGCGCACCCACGACUUCCUCAAAAACGACCUCGCCAUCCCCGACAAGAACCUGUCUUUCAAGACGUAUCCCGGCAUGCCCCACUCGGCCUGCCCGCAAGAGAUUCGGGAUAUCGCCGAGUUCCUCGAGGAGGUCAUCCCGGCCCAAUGA